ACCCACUCGCCGCUUGUCACACAGUGGAAGUUGAACGGUCAAGCGGAUAGCGAGGCUGGCAGCCGACGGCGGACAUGGCGUCUCGCCUACAAACGCAGCGUUAGCUGGGCGGAAUGGGGGCAGACGUGACCGGCUAACUUCGUCAAGCACUCCAGGCGAGUUUUGCGAUGAUGCGGCGGGGGGAGCUUCAUCCUCACGCUUUCCAGGCCCCAGUGGAUGUGCAUGCCAGUGCAGAUGGCCAAGUGUACAUGUUCCGGAAGAGGUCGGCUGAAACUGCCGGCUCCUCAGAGGAUGAAGAUUUGAAUGUUUUGGAGCUUAGGCCUCGGAUUCGCCAAGAGCAGGACAGACUGGGGAAUGUCCAGCUGCUUGAACGGGAGGUGUUGGAUGGUGACAAUCUCAAUAAGCUUGCACUGCGGUAUGGUUGCAAGGUGGCAGACAUAAAGCGAGUUAACAACCUUAUUCACGAGCAAGAUUUGUUUGCGUUAAAAUCAGUCAAAAUCCCUGUGCAAAAACAUAGCUUUUUAACAGAGACAUACACAAUCUUAAGUGAUGCGCCGCAAGAAAUGGCAAAUUCAACCUCUCCCACAGCAACGCAGCCUCAGGACAGAGACAGAGUCAAACCACAACUAAAAGAGGUCACAGACUUUCUCAAGGAAGUGGACAAUGAUAUUGAGAAACUAAUUCAAUCCACAAGUGCUCACAACGAGGAUAACUCUGAAAUGCCGCUGAGGUUUGGCGCCCGAGGACAGCGUCUGACCAGCUAUGGUGCGGAUUGGGGCAUCCAGUGGUGGAAUGCUGUGGUCGCCAUGCUCCUGAUAGGUAUCAUCCUGCCCUUAUUUUACGUUGUGUAUUUCAAAACCAAAGAUAGCGAAAUAGUUUCUGCAUUGAAUUCUAGUACUGGGAUGGAGUCAUCCGUCACCUCUUCAAACCACUCAGGGACAGGUCCCAGGCGUUUUCAACAGCCUGGGUAGUGCACCUUGAGUUGGAACAAAUCGUAUGCACCAGUAAGAACACUUGGUAUGAUGCAAAACUUUUGUCAGCCUUGUCAUCAGUACAUACCUUUUCAUCCAUAUCUUCAGCCCAUAUUUGCUCAACAUGGUAUCGUUUGCCAUAAGUAGUCUGUUAAGUAGUUGCUGCCAAGUCAGGUUUUCAGAUGAUUGCUGUGACAAGACUAUUUGUGCCUUUUUGAUGUGUAAUUUAUUCAUGUGUGUGUGUGCGUAGUAUUGUACACAUAGUCUCAGACUUGUUUCUGAUAUCUGAAUACAGUGCCAAGAAUGAGACUUGUGUUAAUACUAAAUUCAGUGCAAUAUACUUUAUCUCAUUGAAAAUUAAGGAUUAUAAUGUGUUUUUGGAAGGCUAUGCUGUCUUUUAGAUACACAGUUUUACAUUUUGACUUGUAUCAUUGAAAGGAGUAUUCAAUCAAUUCUUCAAAAAAAAAAAAAACCCCACAAAAUUCAAGAAAGUGCCUUUAAACAUUUUUUUCCAUGUUAAAUCUAGUCGGUCGUAAUAUGGUGAUUUAUCUGUUGCUAGUCAAAUUUUUUUAAUUGUCCCAAAGUAUUAUCUUUUAAUAAAAAUGGAAAAGUUACUGAUUAUUUUGUUUACAGUGCCACAUUUCUGUUUCUUGUAAGUCAUUUUGUAGUGAGAAGUAUCUGCAGUAUAGACUCGGAAAUGUGACUUUUGGCCUGUUGUGGUGGCUUUUCCUUUUGGGUAUUAUUUAAAUCAGUGUUGACGGGUCGGAGCACAGCACAAGCGUCUGUUUAUUUCUGUCAGAUUUCAGUGUCCCUUUUGUUUCUUUGGAGUUGGGAGUAGUGUGUCAAACAUAAUUACAUAAUGCGGUGUACUAAAGAGUCCGCCACACUGAUGACCGCUUAUGGUGAAUUAGCAAACAGCAACUGCUGAGUAAGUCAAGUGAAAGCUGCCAUCUAGCUAAUGUCAUUGGAGGGUGCUAGAAUUCAUACGUGGUGUUACUGUUUUAAGAAAGUGGCUGGUGUUUAGGGCCAUCCCCUAUUAACGCAGAUGACAGCUGUUUUUGUUGGCAGCUGUCUAUGUCACCUACAUGCCAGUGCACGGUCAUUGGUGACUAGGCUUUGCAUAUCAAAUUUUAAAUGGCAGACAGUAGUUAACGGGAAACUGAGAUUUUAAAGGGUAAUACCGCUGAUAUAAAUAUUGGAUUUCUUUCUGCAACAGCCUGAAAUGAAAUACGGUUUUGCCCUUGCAGUAAUUAUUUCCUGGGAUGUGGGUACAUUUCAAGGUUCUGAGUUGAUUAUAGACCUGCGCUGAUCUCCAUAAAUAUUUUUACACGAACGUCAAUAUUUCGGCUAAACACUUGUUACUUGGUGUAUAUAUAUCUCUACAUGCCAUAUAUCUACACGACUUGUGAGCAAUCUGACUGUUUGACACAUGGUUCAUUUGACACAGGCCUGUUCAAACACCACUAGAGUUGACACUUUCUCAUGGAGUAUUUUGGCUAAUUUUUUUUUGGGAAGUGAUGGAUUUAUUUGCUACCGUAAAAUCUGUUGGCUUAUCUGGGAAUACAUUUGCACAAAAACAAGGAACGCGGUACAAAAAUCACUGUGCUUUAUACAUUUUAUUGGUGUGGUUGUGUUGGGAAUUUUUGACAAAGAGGCACAAUGUUCAAAUGCCAAAUUAUUCCCUGCCUUUAUCAAUACACCGGUAGCAAACCCUUUCUCCUUGUUAGCCUAAGUCGAUCCUGAAGUGGAUGUGACAUUAUCUUAUGACUCUUGUGAUAGGAUAAUUCCACACAAAAUAACGCGAUUUCCAUGUCAUUUGUAUGUUUUUAUGGUUGAUAUAAGCAAGUAUGAAUAGUUUCUAUUUUAAUUGCUACAGAAAAUAUGAAACAAGAGAAAUGCAUAAAUGUGUAAUUGUGCAAAAAUUUAAUAAAUGUGCAAAACCAUUCAGCGUCAUAUGGGGUAACUGCAGUUAAUUGAGCUUGACUCGGUGCAACGGUUGGUGACUAGAAAUAGUUUGUCCAAUAGUCCUUGCCCAAAAAUUGCAUUUAAAAAAAAACAGGCUUUAAUAAAAGCAGUC